AACUCCUCCCCACGCCUGACUUGUUCGCUAAGUAGAGUCGACCCCAGCUCGAAAUCUCCACAAAAUACAACUCCCAAACUCCUCGCCCUCAGCAGCAGAUUUCUAGGGUUUUUGCGAUUCUUUCACCAUGUUUCUCACCAGGACUGAAUAUGAUCGAGGAGUCAACACAUUCUCACCUGAAGGGAGGCUGUUUCAAGUGGAAUAUGCCAUCGAAGCAAUCAAGUUGGGUUCGACUGCGAUUGGUUUGAAAACGAAGGAAGGAGUUGUGCUUGCGGUCGAGAAGAGAGUCACCUCAACUUUGCUGGAACCGAGCAGUGUAGAGAAAAUAAUGGAAAUUGAUGAGCACAUAGGCUGUGCAAUGAGUGGAUUGAUUGCUGAUGCACGGACUCUUGUUGAGCAUGCUCGUGUUGAAACUCAGAAUCACAGGUUUUCUUAUGGUGAACCAAUGACAGUUGAGUCAACCACUCAGGCUCUAUGCGAUCUUGCUUUGCGAUUUGGUGAAGGAGAUGAAGAAUCCAUGUCUCGACCUUUUGGAGUAUCUCUUCUGAUUGCUGGCCAUGAUGAAAACGGACCAAGCUUGUAUUAUACAGACCCAUCGGGUACAUUCUGGCAAUGCAAUGCAAAAGCAAUAGGUUCAGGUUCCGAAGGCGCUGACAGCUCUCUCCAGGAGCAAUACAACAAGGACUUAACCCUCCAAGAAGCUGAAACAAUUGCUCUUUCUAUCUUGAAGCAAGUGAUGGAGGAGAAGGUGACCCCAAACAAUGUCGAUAUUGCAAAGGUUUCUCCAAAUUAUCAUCUCUAUUCUCCUGCUGAGGUCGAGGCUGUUAUAGGUCGUCUAUAAGCAUGUUAACCAUAUGGUUCUCAUUUCCAUCGGUUGUUUUCUCUCAAAACUUUUCUGCUUUCUGUUUCCUUACUGCCAAUGACCUUUCUUUCCUAUUUUCUGGUGGUGGUGGAAUUUAGAGAGCUGAGUAGUCCAUUGUAUGAGUGCCAACUUUUGAGGAAUCCUCUUUUCAUGAAUUGCUGUCAAUGUUUCCUUAUCUA